CCAAAAUGGCGUACAAAUUUCUGUUGUUUUUGUAAAUUUAUCUUUGAAUUCUUAUAAAAAAUCGACGAUAAAAAUACAGAAUCACAAUGCCAACACCUUCAAAAUUUGAAGCAGUAGUUCCUUUAUGUGGAAAUGGUGAGGAUAAUGAAAAUAACUCCUUUGAAACGCGUGAUGUGUUUAGCAAAGAUAUCUUGGACGAUAAUGCUAUGGCGUUAGUUCUAGUUGAAAGAGACAAACUUCAAACAAAGACUAAACAACCAGAUGAAGCACAAGGUAAAACUAAAAGUAGUUGUAAAAUUGUCACAUGAUUUGCAAGUUAUUAAAUUGUUGGAGCUUAAAUAUGAAGCAUAGUUUCAAAUUUGUACAAAGAAUCUUUACAAAUGCAUUAAAUCAAUUUUUAUUUCAAAUUGUUUUAGUUUAGUAUACUGUAGUGAUAGUUUGUACCCAGUAAUUCCAUGUCCCAGUCUUUGUAUGAACUAUAAAUGUGUGCUUGACGUCAUCACAUGUUGUUAUUUCCAGGUCGACUAUCAAACUUAAUAAAAGGAUGGUGUAGAUUCUCUUCAACAUUUUACAGGCGUGAUAGUUGCCAAUUUACAACAUGUGUUUCCCCCUGCGUCAGAAAGGCAACAACACACCUGCAGCAGCUCAACGAUCAGCUAACGAGGUUGAGUGUUGUUCAAGAAGGAACGCAACCAGUGGAUUAUAUGUUGGCAAUGUGUGGAGAAGGUAAUUGUGUCAUUCAACAUGUACAAGCAAUUUAAACUAAGCUGAGUGUGAUUAUAUUUUCUGUGAGACAAGUCACUAUAGCUAUGUUUAAAUGUUUGUAAAGAAAAAGGUUUUUUUAAGUUGUGACAUUGUCAGUUGGAGAAAAUUAAAUAUAUUUAAUAAUAUUAAUAUAUCUUUUCUCUGUAGAAAGUCCUGCGUCAGUUAUGCCAGAAUCCCAACCAAUAUUGUCCCGACCAGUGUCAUACGGUGAUACAUCAGCAGCAUCCAGUAUUGAAUUAUCUACCGUCGGGUUUUCACCUUUGUUUGAAAACACGCCUUGUAGACACUCCAGUACUUCUUCAUCACAGGUAAACAAACAUUUUACACAUUAAAUUCUAUUUUGUCAAGAAAAAAGAAAUAUUUUACAAAAGAAACCAAAACAGGUCCCACUAGCACUCAAAAUCUGUCAUUAAGGGACGGUGCUGUAAUUGGGGAAGCACUGCCAUUGUCUAUAUACUAGUGUGUCAUAUUUAUCUUGUUUAGUAUGUAAGCUAAAUAGAAAUAACUAAAUAAACUGUGUGAUGUGUUUUGUGCUUUAUGCUGUGUUUUUGUAGAAUAAAACAUCAUCAAGCUUGGAAAAAUCAAACACGUCUGCAGAAAAGCAACAUUCAGCACAUCAGCAUCUAGGUUUUGAUGUUGUUGAAGAAGUGGUGAGAUUGAUGGCUCGAAUGGAAGAUGAUAGAUUGUCAACACAACAAAUGUUAAUCAAUGAAAGACAAAGAGUGAAUCAUUUAAGAUCUCAGAUUGAUCAACUGGCAUUUAAACGUUUAAUGGAUCUCCCUGCUGCUGUUCAGAAAGGCAUGAAUAUAUAUUUGGUUUUUAAAUAAUAUAAUGGUCAUAAGAAAACAUGGCUAGUUUAUAUGAUUGUUUUGUUUUCACAUUAUCUUGUGUAGAACACGAAUCUUGUGCGACUGACAUUAAUGAAUUAAAAUGGCAUUGUGGGUAUCAAGGAAGAGUCGAGACAAGACUUGGAAGAAAGGUUGAUCAGGCAGGUUGGUUCAAUGUGAUUAUGUUUAUGUAGGGAUAUGUUAUGAGUGUGAAGAAUAGUGUGAUGUGGUUGGCAUAAAAAAUACAUGAAAGUUCACAUCAUUGUAGUCUUGGGCAUCUCUGCAUGUCCAGUGAGCGUCAUUGAGAGAUUGUAUUGAAUAUUAAAUGUUGUGUUGUUAUAGAAUUGCAACAUUUGAAAAUCAUUGGUGAGUUACAAUCUUCCAAAGAAAGUUGGUAAGUCUAAUUUAUUUUGUGUCUUUUCUAAGUUAGCCCCUUGAGUCACAAUGUGCCCUGAUGUGCCGUAUUUUUGUUAUUUUACUUUGUCUAUAAUGCCAGAUUAUUUUACUCUUUCUGCCGCUAGACAAUUUUACUUAUCAAGGAGAGAGCGCUCAGGUGCUGUUAACUCAUUGAGUCGCAUUGUGCCCUGAUGCGACAUACUUUAUUAUUUUACUCUGUCUAAUAUGCCAGAUUACUCAUCAAGGGGAGAGCGCUGCCGCUUGACAUGUUAAUUUAUGUUCAAAAUAUCCUAGGUCAGCCCUGGAAGACUGUGUGUUGGUCAUCAUUUAAUUAAUUAUCUAAUUCAAAUGAUGCAGUUUUGAGUUGCAUUUACAAACAUAAGUAGCGAUCAGUGAAAUCAUAUUUGAUAUUACAUUUUGUAUGUUUUCAUGCUGAUAAUGUUGUAAAUAAAUGCACUGAGAAAAAUCACAUUCUCAAUCAAUAUGUUAUUUUUCCUUUAGUCCCUUAGUUCGUGAGAAGCUUGAGCUAGAAGAUAUUGCGAUGGCAAGCAUUCAAUUAAAACAAGAUGAAACUGAUGAAGAAUUACGACAAACAUUGAAACGUCUUGAAGCAACUCAACAGAAAACAAAAGAGGCAAAAGCACUAGCAAUUCAAGAACGAACAUUGAUUAAAAAAGAUGUGGACAUUAUCAGGAACUUACUCAACGAAGUCAGGUAUUCAAUUGUUUAAUCGCUAAUAAGUUUAGUUUUUUGUAAGUUUGCAUGGCGAUAAAACAUGCAAUACUUUUUGUUUGUGGAAACACCUUGUAAAUUUAUUAUUGCAAAGUUUUCGAUCUGUAAGCCCGGAUCUUCGUCAGUGCUAAUAAAUAUUUGUAAACAUUGUUAGCACUGAUGAAGAUCCGAGCUUACAGAAAGCUUUGCAGUAAUAAAUUUAUGUGGUGUUUCCACAAACAAAAAGUUUUAUUAAUAGUUCUGCAACUUAUUCAAAGGAAAUUAUGAAAGAUUAUUAUGGAGAAAGUCAGUUGAAGGUUGUGUUAUUUAAUGUAUUCCUUGUACAAUUGUACAUAACCCUGAAUAAAUUGUUUUGAUUGUAUAUAGUGAUGAACUUGCGCAGUUGAAGAUGAACUACACAUCUAAUGUACACACCAUCAGUGAUAUCAAGAACACCUUGAAAGAAAACGCUCAACAAUGUGUUAAUUUAGGUGAGUUUAACUGUUGUUUAUCAUGGAUUGUACGGAAGUAUUCAGUGAAUUAAGUGCAAUUUGAGUGUAGUACUCUGUUCAUUAGAGACAUGUGAGUUUUUGUUUCAGAAAAACGUGAAGAGUGGGUGAAAAAUCAGGAAGCUGCUCAACACGACAAGGUAUGAUGACAGUUUCAACUUUGAUAUUGCUGGUUGGAUGCGAGGUCAUUAAAAUUAUUGUUGUUUUGUAUUUUUUAUAGGUUGGAAAGUUAAGAGAAAAAAUAGUUGAACAGACGUCGGAGCAUGCUAGGUUGACGGAAGAAAAUGAAAAAUUGAAGAAGGACAACCAAAUUAUGGUAAGUGUAUUAUGUGAUAAAAGAAUAUAGCACAAUACUAAUUUGUUUUAAGACUAUGGCAUUCAUUCUGCCCUGCAUGUAAUUACUGUGAAAUAUGACAUUGACAGGAAGGAGAUUAUCAAUCGUCUAUCACGAAACUAAAGAUAGAAAUCAAACAAUAUGAGAUACAAGUACGAGAAUUAUCAAGAAAGAACAAGGCAUUGAGAGAGGACAUGGAUAAUAUUGUAAAACAAACAGAAAAAUUGUAAGUAAAACAUAAUAUUCCAUCUCAAUUGAUGGGCAGGCUGGUGAACUAUAAUAUUAAAUUAUUAUUUUUGAAUUAACAAUACAAUGAUGCCUCUAGUAAAUACUACAAUUCAUAAAACCCUAAUUAUAUUAAUCCUAUUGUAACAUUGACCAGUGCCCUUCCAUAUAAGGGAAGAGCAUCAGCCGUCAAUGUUUGUAAGUUAUUAUCAGAAGACAACUCAUGCUAACAGUCCAGAUCAGAGACUCCAGAUCAGAGACUCCAGACUCCAGAUUGCAUUUCUCUGCUUAUCCGAUCUUUCUCAUUGUUAAACAAUUCUCUUAUAUCAUUUUUCAGCCAAUCACUGAUGGUAUGACUCUGUGUCCUUCCCGUCUUUCCCGUAGUUCAAAACACAGCUACUACUUUAUUUCAAUACGGAACUAUUUCGCAAUAUAAAACUAACUAUAUAGAGAGAGAAAACAAAAUGAGUGAUCUUCCAAUGGGGAUUCUAUGUAUUGUUUUUCACAGUAAGAAGCAGAGAACGUCAGAAAAGAAAGCGUUAAUCAGAGCUGGCCAGGAAGCGGAAAAAGUGAAACAGCACAUCGAGGUUUGUAACAUGAAUGUACGGUACCACAUAGUUCACGUAUGUUGUAUGACAUCAUCAUUCGCAAGUCAAGGAGUACAAUUUAUUGCCCAGUUUCCAACAAUGAACACAGUUAAUCUUGAUUCUUUUUGUUAUCAGAGAUACAUGGUAGUCUUGCUCUCAGUCUGUCUAAGUUUGGAAAACCUUGACACAAACGCGAGCUCUUGACGACCAUAAGAACGGUCUUUAAUUAUUUUCAGAUGAUGAAUGAAGAAGUGAAGAAGCUGAAAACUCUGAACCAUUCAUUAAAGUUGGCCAAAGCUCGAGCUGAGGAAGAUUAUUUUACUGAAGAAGAUUCUUUGAGAACUGCGGAACAGUCGUUGAAAAAUCAGUUGAAAGAGGAGUCACAUGCAAGGACCAUACUCCAGGUAAAAUUACAUCGCAUCUAUUUAGCAAAUGUUUCGAUCUGACAGCCAGGAUCUUCAUUCAACAACACAGUACAAGUUCUUUGUAUGUUUGCAUGGCGAUAAAACAUAUAAUAGUUUUGUUUGUGGAAACACCACGUAAAUUUAUUACUGCAGUAAUAAAUUUACGUGGUGUUUCCACAAACAAAACUAUUAUAACACAGUAUAUAAUUUAUGUUUACUCUGAUGAAGUCUUCUUCUUUACCAAAUAGAUAUGCUAUACAGUAUCAUAUUUCAAGUAAUUGUAUUUCCUAUGAAGAUUGCUGUUUAUACAGCGUCGUCACCGUUUCUUUGUCGUCCUCCAAUGAUUUUUUGUCGCGUUUAUUCAGUACUUACAGUUCGCUUUUGUUGGUGAACUUUAGGCACGCAUUGCAACGGACACUUCAGAUUUACUCCGAUCACGCAUUGACUCAAAGAAGAAAAAAGAAAAGGUAGGGGUAUUCUUAUGUACAGUAUCUCCAUUUGUACCCUAGACUGUUUACGAUUUAGUGACCUAGGAAACGGAGAUAUAUGUACCCCAAAAAGAAUGCAUGAUUUGUAAUAUGACAGGAAAACGUGCCAUGCAUCUCUUGAAGAGCUUGCUUAGGAAAUAUUGACAUGUUUUGAUUAGUCUGUAAUGCCACAAUGUUCUAAUGUUACCUACAUUAUCCGUUCCAGAUGUCUCAACAAGCUUUGGACGCAGAUAAAGUUCUAAAUAGCAUCAGAGAGCAAGUGGAGAGACUGGAAACAGUUCACAGUGAACGGGAACAGGUAGGAGAAGCAAGCGACGUUUUUUUAAUACACAUUCGCGGACGUCACGCAUCAUUUAACCACAGAGUACUUUACAUACAGAGGUCUUACCGUAAGGUAGUUUUUAACAAAAUAACUGGUAAAUUUCAAUAUGUUUUCAGGGGGUGACAGCUUUAGGGCACAUGCUAAAAACAUGGCGGACUUAAAAAAUCUCUUACGCUAAAUUAACUGAAUUAAUCAAGAACAGAAUAGAAACGUUUAUGAUUGAUUUGGAACAAGAACGGAUGAGAGUAUAGAUAUAAACUUUUCAUAAACCCAUUUGUCCAGAACUAAUUUUGUCUAAAUUUCCUCCAGACUAUUGCUCAGAUCAGUGAAGUCCUAGAGAAGUUGAACAAACAACGGGAAGAAAUGGAAUCAAAAUACCGAGCAAGGAUUGUCGAGUUAAGACCAAAGGAAGAACAGAACAAGGUAUAGUAUGGUUAACUGCGCCUCUCUUAAUGAAAAUACUGGAGAUUACAGGCGAACAUCCGCUCCUCGGGCAUCCCACUCGACAGAAAUUGGUUCCGAGUUCAAUAGAAUAAACAUGUGUGAUGUUGAUCAAUAAACAUGUGUGAUGUUGAUCAAUAAACAUGUGUGAUGUUCAUCAAUAAAUAUGUGUGAUGUUGAUCAAUAAACAUGUGUGAUGUUGAUCUAUAAACAUGUGUGAUGUUGAUCAAUAAACAUGUGUGAUGUUGAUCAAUAAACAUGUGUGAUGUUGAUCAAUAAACAUGUGUGAUGUUGAUCAAUAAACAUGUGUGAUGUUGAUCAAUAAACAUGUGUGAUGUUGAUCAAUAAACAUGUGUGAUGUUGAUCAAUAAACAUGUGUGAUGUUAUAAUAUUUGUGAUGUUACUCUGAGUGUAUAUCCACACCGGGCGAGCUUGAAAAAUAUGCCCGGCCACGGUGGGAUUCGAACCUACGACCUUUGGAAUACUAGCCCAAGCUCGCCCGGUGUGGAUAUACACUCAGAGUAACACCACAAAUAUCAUAUUCACCUGAGUACACUAUACCAACACAGAACAAAUGUGUGAUGUUGAUCAAUAAACAUGUGUGAUGUUGAUCAGUAAACAUGUGUGAUGUUCAUCAAUAAACAUGUGUGAUGUUCAUCAAUAAACAUGUGUGAUGUUCAUCAAUAAACAUGUGUGAUGUUCAUCAAUAAACAUGUGUGAUGUUCAUCAAUAAACAUGUGUGAUGUUCAUCAAUAAACAUGUGUGAUGUUCAUCAAUAAACAUGUGUGAUGUUGAUGUUGUUGCAGCACGAAAGACUGGAGCUACAGCAGAAGAUUGAUCAUAUUCAGUGGAGGUCCGACAUGAUGUCGACGAAAAUCAAAGAUAUGUCAUCUUCAACUGUCAUGAUGACGAGGGUGAUUGACUCCACUGCAGAAGAUAUUGCUAAAUUGGAGUAAGUAGUAAAAUAUUUCUGCUUUUCGUGCAGGGUUUCACGGCUGACUCAAUAAGCUAGUUCAGUCUAGUUCAGAGCCAGUCAACGCCACACGAUUCCACUGAUCAUCAGCGGAGAGUGUUGCCAACUCAAGGGGUUAAUGAACUCAUUCUUACUCAAGCAUUACUGGUAUUAUUUAAUGUUUCGCCAUUAUAAGCCGGUCAGCGGUUUGAUUUGUUGUUUGAGUUGGUCGGGGGAAUGAGUAAAAAAGCUGUAUACGAUUUUAUUUUAACAGAGAGGACGACAAGGAAGUGAGAGUUCGUCUUGAAGCGAGUAAUGAUGCAGAAGACAGUUUAAAAGAAGUUCUUCAAGCAGCUAAAGGUAACAUUUUCUCAUUCUGGUUAAACUUUAUAAGCGUUUUUGCGUAUAUACUCUAUUUCAGAUUAUUGCUAAAAUAUUGUAUUGAAGGAACAUAUAUGAACAAGAUAGUUUUUUUUUAGAUCGUUUGUUGUGUAGAAAAAAGGAACAUAUCUUGCACGUUAACAACAGAAAGUUAGCUUUGCAUCAAACUUCGGUAGGUAAACACCUUGACAAUGUCAGAUUGCAAAUUACGUAUAAACUAUAACGUGCAUACUGGACGCUACUGCACAUUUGCAAUAGUAUUUUAAUGAUCACUAUUGAUUUAGAUUGCUCUUGAUGAGAAGCUCGCAGAAAACAAGGCUCUAGCAGAAAGAUAUCAAAGACUUUACAGUCAACAUUUACAAACCAAGGAUUUGUUCUUCAAAAAAUACGAAAACAUCGUUAAUGAAGAAAGUCAUUUGAAAGAUCAUAAAGAGGUAUGAUACGUCAAAAAGUUCAUGUAUUGUUGUUACGAGAUCUUAUUUUGUGACAGUCAUGAAAUUCAUUGCAAUAUGAAAUGCCUCCUUAGAAUACUGACCUUACCGUGACCUUAUAGGGAUAUACAUGUAAAGCCGGUUUAAUUUUUCUUUGUCUUGUGAUUUUUCCGUCCUAUGUCUAGUCAGUCUAGAGUAUGCUUAUCGAAAAACCAUAGGUCCGAAUACGCACACAAUUUCAUUAAGCAUGCUUAAAAAUGUACCGCGCUUGACUUACCCUUGGUGAACAAUGAAAUUGUUGCGUUAUCCCUUACCGAUAUGAUCCCUUGAUUUUUGGCGAUAAUAUUUACACCGUAUUGUUUCUUUUUUCCAGUUGUAUACGUUACAAGGUCGGCUACGCGAGUGUCUUCAACAUUACUACAAGCUACGAGGCUUGCAGAACAAAUCUCAAGUGGCGCAGUUCAAAGUAAACAGCAAGCACAACAAUGAUAAACUGUUUCAGCUGAAACAAGAAUUAUCGGAUGUUGUGAUACACAUCAACGAUUUUUUAAAAAAUAUUUCUGAAUCUCACCAAACAAUUUCUUUGAAAGACUACAAAGAGACGUCAAUUGUGAGAUGACUACCAGCUUCUUCCGUUCAUUAAUCACCGUGAUAUGUCAUUUAUAUUCACCAAAUCGCCUCGCAUUGCAAUUUGCUAUUUUUUAUUCUCCCUCUGUUACUUCCAAUGUGUAUUGAAAAGUGGUCAAUAUUAAAGUGGCUAUGUUGUAUUAUAAAUGAACGUAAAAAUUUGAGCUGAACUCUGGUGAAGGAGAUAUUCACGCGACAUGUAUUUAGCGUCAGACCAGCGUGGCUCAACCGCAGGCAAAGAGUUCAUUUGAAAGCUUUUGCAGCAUUAACGUUUUCUUAACUCUUCCCAAGCGAGAACGAAACUCGAAUGAGAAUUGAUUAAAUAUUACGGCGCAUGUAUAGCGAAACGUUUCGUCGAAAUUAGAACAAGCUCCAAAUUAUUUGACGAUUUUAUGAAAUUCAGUAAAGUUCUACCAUAAAUACAUGUAUUACGACGACCCCUUCAUUAAAUUUAUUACAUAAUUAAAUUAGCAUUAAUAACGAACAAUCUAGAAGUAUUACAAAAUGAAAUCAGACAAC